AGAAAAAUGCCAACUACGGGGUGAUGGUACUGUCGAAGGUGAUGCCUCACCUGAAAGUGCUGUCUGAUGCACCGUUCCCGGAAGCUCCUGUGCUGCCAACAUCCCUCACAACGCCAGACCGGCCUCAGGUCCAAUACCAGCACGUUCAUCACGAGGCUGGAAAAAGGCGUGGUGAGAAGCGGAGAUUAUUUGUUGAAGAGCCAAAGCCUGUGUCUUCUGUGAACCAGCCCGUUCAGCCCAUGGCGUCGUCCUCCUCCACUCGGCCAAAGCCUGCUGCGCCCACCACCAUUCUGCCAAGGCCUGCUGCGUCCACCCACCUCCGGCCAAAGCCUGCUGUGCCCACCUAUGGAUCCCCCCGUAUCGACAGCACCCAUACUGCUGGUUUUCCCCGCACAGCUGCAGGUUCCCCCGUCUUGUUUCGUGGGCCAUCGUGCAGCCAGGAGCUUUGUACCUCCAGCACCAGCAGUCAAGGCAUUCAUGCCAAACAAGUCCUUGCGGCCAUGUGGGGCUUGCCACAUGGCUAA